CCAUAGGGAGGACAUAGCCGUGGUCCAGGUGGAUUCUCACUGCAACACUUUGCAGAACCCCUCAGUCAAUAUAAGUUCACCAAAUAGUUUUUCAAUGUGAAAAAUGUAAACGGAACUCCCAUUUCCCGAAACUGUCAUCUCUAUUUUACAGAAAGUAAUGACAUUUUUACAUUGUAGGGUUUUGAAGUUGAAUUUCCAAUAUGGUAGGAGAGGUUGUUGUUGUCGAGCGGAUUGUUGUCAUGUCCUCGCAGUGCCUGUAGUGGUGCUGUGAGGAGUGUGCUGUGGAUCUAACAAAAAUCCUCAGCAGCCUGCCUACUGCUUGUAAUUUGCUCUGGAUAGCCUAUAUUUAAAUGCAUCCGUAUUUCAAGAGCUACAAAGCUCGAUGAAGAUCACUGUUAUUAUCCCAUCUCGAAUAUCGAUGCAGAAAAAGCCUAGCUGAAUCUAUUAGACAUUUCGGCCGUCUAUCUGGAGCGAAUACCUUACACAGCUCAUACCAAUUCAAGCUGAUGUUGUCAAGAACAAGAGUCACGUGAUGUAUGAAGGCAAACACAUACACUUCUCAGAGGUGGACAAUAAGCCGCUGUGCUCGUACAGCCCGAAGCUCUGCAAGCAACGCAGGCUAAAUGGCUACGCUUUCUGCAUCCGGCACGUUCUGGAGGAUAAGACAGCCCCCUUCAAGCAGUGUGAAUAUGUGGCAAAGUACAACAGCCAGCGAUGUACCAACCCAAUCCCCAAGUCAGAGGACCGCAGAUACUGUAACAGCCACCUGCAGGUUCUGGGCUUCAUCCCCAAGAAGGAAAGGAAGAAGAAGCAUGACGUUUUGGAGGAAAUGCGUUCCCGGGCUCACCUGGAGUCAGUGGCUCUCAACAUAACUGUGCCCUCUCUGGCACUAAAAGCUCCCAACGGUCUAGAUGAACUUCCACCAUCUCCUCCCUGUUCACGCCUGUUGCCCCUCCCUGAUGAGGAACUCCUGGACCCUUUUGCCUUUUAUGAGGAUGACACAGACGAGGAGGAGGUGGGUACUGCUCGGAAGGGCAGAGCCAUCAAGAAGAAACUACAUAGUCGGCUGGUGCUCAACCAGAAUCUCUGCCAUGACACGGACCUCUUCCAGCCACCCCCUGAGCACUUUAGUCCCUCGCCUGCCCCCCGUGUCCACCCUUCCUUGCCUCUCAACACUCAUCUCCCACGACAGCAGUCAGGUCUUCUCCAGCCGCCCCAGCACUCCAGCGUGGCUUCCUUCAUCUUCCCAGGACAGCAGCAGGGUUUAUUAUGCAAUCCACCACCACCUCAGACGGUCAACUUUCUGCCUCCAGGGAUGCCCGCUAAUGCAGCACCCAGUCCAGCGCAACCCUCUGGGCCUUCACUCAGCAGGAAAAUGCCUUUCACCGCUACUCACUUGCCUGUCAGUUGCAAGGACAUCGGCAUAAACAAUACCCGGCACAUGGUUGUCAUGCGUCCCGCUGCCUUCUCACCUUCUGCCAGCUGCCUGGCCCGGUUGAAACAUCUGGUGCAGCUCUGUGCGAAGACGCACCAGGAGCACGGAGACCUCUUUCCUCAUCUAGGACUGGACUGGUCAGAAGACAGUGCGGAUGAUGACGACGAAGAAGACGAGGCAGAGACUUUUGUUCCUUUCCAGAGCUCUUGGAGACCACAGAAUGAGUUGGACGACGGCGGUUCCUCAAGGAGGAGGCGGCUACUUAGGCUUUGUUCGUACCUCCGGGAGAAAUACAAGCGCAUGUGCAGGCAGGAGCGGGUGAGCAUCCGCCAAAAGAGAUACCGGUAUGCCUUCCGCAAAGCCUUGCUGCACGCUGCCAGUAAUAACCCCGACUGUGCUGGCCAGCUGAUCCAGGAGUUACGGGGCGCCUCUCGAAGCUCCUCAAGUGCGGCUCCGGCAAGGCAGCAGAGCUUGGAUGCAGGGACCUGCACCGGCAGCACAAAGGGCCAGGCCUGCAACAACAGAGCUCUGCCCUUCACUCGACACUGCUUUCAGCACAUUCUAUUGAAUCGUUCCCAGCAGCUCUUUGCCAGUUGCACAGCCAAAUUUGCAGAUGGUCAGCAGUGCUCCAUCCCUGUGUUUGAUAUCACGCACCAGACGCCACUCUGCGAAGAGCAUGCCAAAAAAAUGGAUAACUUCCUGCGAGGGGAUGGCAACAGACGAGUGCAGCACCACCAGCAGCAGCGAAAGCCACGCAAAAAGACCAAACCACCGGCCCUCACCAAAAAACACAAGAAGAAGAGGAGGAGAGUGCCGCGGAGGCCUCAGAAACCCAUCCCUCCGGCGCUGCCGCAGGGGAACCUGGGAAUGCCAUCCAUAAGCCUAGCGAUGCCCUCACAGGCCAGCAUCAGGAGCCCGUCAACUCCGGACCUGAGUGCCGAGGAGCUCCCCGACGACAUCACCAAUGAAAUGGCAGACAUUCCAAAUGACCUCGAGCUGAACCAGGAGGAUUUCUCCGACGUGUUACCCAGGCUACCUGAUGACCUUCAGGUCUUCGACUUGUUUGAAGGUUGUCGCGAGGCUCGUUCUUUCGCAUGUAUGCAAGCAAAGUCCUCUCCACCUGCUAUUUGUAAUGUCCAAUUCUGCUUGUGUUUAGGCAAGAAUGGCGAUUUGCUGCCUACCACGGAGGAAGCCGAGGAGCUGGUGCGUGCGCUGCAGGCCAUGGGGUCCUACCCGGACUCCUUGGUUUGCCUGACCUCCAUGGGAGACCUGGCCCCCUCUGAAGGAGUGGACCACCGAGCCAUGGCUGUGUUCCCGGGUCCGGUCCAGCCGGGCGGCAUGGGGGACCUGCUGAGCAGCCGCAUCCCCGCCGGGAGCUUCGCCAGCCUCGAGCUGGAGGACAACUUGCUGCAGUCCAGCGGGGGUCACUUUCCCCCCUCGCCGCCACCGCAGCCCGCCAGCCGGCCCCAGACGUCGUGCUCCGGCCUGACUUCGUCCUCUCCUUCGGUGGCCCCCGCCAACCCCUCCCUGCUCCCCCAGACCGCCAUCGCCGAGCGAACGUUUCCCCGGACGCACUCGUCCCACGCCCUGACCAAGUUGGACGCGGCCGCGCCGUCUCCCCGCCACUACAGCGGCGAGCACGUGGCGUCCCCGUACAGUGACCACAUAUCUUCCCCCCAUGCCAGCUCCUUCCAGACAGACACCCCCCUGCUGCUGGAGGUCCCCCUCGGCGGGCUACCCGGGCCCCCGCGCUCCUCGUGGAGCAGCCUCACCCUCCCGGACCCCGCGCAGUUUGGCAAUCUCAUGGGAUCAGAGAGUCACCUCAUAUCCACCUCCCUGACGACGCCCCCGGCCACCACGCACUCUGUGACGCUGCAGCCCAUGGCCGCGCUCUCGGCGAUGCCCCAGUGCGGCUCGGCGGGCUUAACGACGUCGCCCGCCCCGUCGUCGUCGUCGUCCUCGCUGCCAUCCUCCGCGCACGACCUCCUGACCUCCACGCAGCCCAAGCAACAGCUCCCGCAGUUCAGCGCGGCCUUCGGCCACCAGUUGGCCUCCCACAGCGGCAUCCCGAAGGACGUUCAGCCGAGCCACAGCUCCACGGCGCCGCCCGCCGGCUUCUCCACAGUCAGUGCCACCGCUGCCGGCGCCAACAGCGCCGCGCCGCCCUUCGCGCAGAGCAAAUGAGAGGCCCCCCCCCCCCCCUCCUCCCCUCCUCCUCCCUCCAAGCUUACGAUCCGGGUUGACCACCCCUCCAAAUCUGCUACGUGUGUGUGUGUGCAAUGUGGUAACGGUGCGCCAUUUGAUAACAAAAUUUGCACAACCUUAACAUAUUUUCUAUUGCCAUCGUUUUAAACCCUGAAGCCAGGCGGCGCGUGGCUUUUUAAGUCUGAGCUCACUCGUCUGAUGCCUUUUAGUUUUGU